ACUUUAAAAAUUCGGAUAGUCCAAAUCUUCAAAAUUUAAAAGAUCGCAAGAGCUCAAAUGCCCAAAGUUCCCAAAUUUAAACUUCUAACACAUUUCAUCCCAAAAAUUCUAAUGCCCAGCACGUCAAAUAUCAUAAAAACAAAUUAAAAAUUUAAAAAAAAACUCCCAGACAUACAUAGUUUCGGAAAGCCAAAAUUUUCUAAUUCCCAAUUUUUUGAAAAUCUAAUUUCUAAAAUUUUCAAUAAUUUAAGUACAACACCUUCCAUCAAUAAUAAUUAAUGUAAGUAAUCAGCUCGAGAUCAAUUUUGUAAGUUUAAUUAAUUUAUAGUUUACAUGAUGAUGGAGAUUAUCGCCGAAACUAUAGUCGUGUUUUAAUAGUACAACUAUAAAUGUAUGGGGAAGGCUUUGAGAUCCGAUUUUCUUAAUCUUUGAUAUCACUCAACCCCAUUUAGAGGAACGAUGGAUAAUGUUCAAAAGUAACCUAUAACGUUUGUAUCAUAAAGAAAGCAAAAAACUGUCUACACCCGUCUUUGCACUUUCCAGCGUUAGUACUUCUUUGAAACUUGGGGAGGUAUUUAGAAAACUGGCGAGCGUAAAGAAGACUUCAUCAGGGCACAGAAGUACUAGAAACCAUAGACAGCUCUGAAAAGUACUGGAAAGGAAAGAUGAUGUAAUUGUAAAUGCUCCAUACGUCACUAGAUUGCUCAGGAAAGUUAAUGCAGACUUUUAAAAACUUUCGUAUUAGGGAUGUGCUAACGGUGAUGGAGUUCUAUUCUCGCCAUCCAGUCCGAGCCGACUGCUACUGAGAUUUGAAAAUGGCGCGAAACGUUCAACAUUUCCACAUGAAAGUUAGAUGGCUUUGCUUGUAAUCGUUCCACAGGGCUGCCAGGUGUAAGUAUAGGGAAAGUCAAGCUUACAGUGCCGCAUGGGGGACCGUCACAUUACAUUUUAUUGUAUAGAAUGACUUUGUUAUAGAAAGAGUUUCUUUGGUUUACCAGUUCCUGGCACAUAUAAACCCACGUUUUACGUACACCUGCAUCUGUGCUAUGCGUACACUACGUCUGCACUAUAUCUAUAAGAACUUUUUUUAAUGAUUAUAUUUGGUGACUAUUGUACUACCCUGUAUAUUAGUUAAAACAAAUGCAACUCGUUAAACAGAUUAAAAGUUUUGAGAAUAGCCACAGCCAAUCAAGGAAUGUAAGGUUAUGAAGUUAUUUAUUCCCAAGCCGGUAGUCAAAGGCCUGUUGCACAUAGCAUUUGUGGAAAAUCUAUAAUUUUCGUGCUUCUCUUCCCUGUUGUGGGGGUGAUGUCUACAAUUGUUAAGGUCGAACCAAACCAAGAAGAAGAGAUAAACACAUUAAUCGCUGAAAAGGUUUUUCUUAGCAAUACUUUCCCCUCGAUAAAGCGGGAGCUUAACGAAAUGACGAUCAAUGCCCAUCAAAACGAAGUGAAUCAGAAAGAUCAAUUUGUUUUACUAGAAAAUUGUGAUUUUCCACAUAAUAAACCCCUACAAACUGCUGGAAUUGAUAUCGAAUCAAUUAAACGUCGCACAGUUUUUAAGAAAUGCACAAAUAGACGUCUCUUCGUACACAAAGGUCCCAACGAAUUUAAAUGUGCUCAUUGCGAUUACGCAACAAGUAUCAAAGGCUCUCUGAAACAACAUCUACUAAUCCACAAUGCAAAGAAUCUUAAAUGUGACCAGUGUGAUUUUGCAACGAGCAUCCAAAGCAAACUCAAACGACACCUCGUAAUUCACACGGCAUCAUCCACCAAGAACUUUAAAUGUGACCUGUGCAAUUACGCAACAAACUUAAAAGACUAUCUCAAACAACACCUUUUAAUCCACAAAGUUUCUAAAGAUUUCAAAUGUACCCAGUGUGAUUAUGCAUCAAGCAGUGCGUCCUAUCUAAAGAGACAUCUCAUAAAACACAAAGCUUCAAAAGAUUAUACAUGUCACAUGUGUAAUUAUGCGACAAAUUACAAGUUUGCCCUAGCACAACAUCUUUUUACGCACGAUGCUUCGAAGAAUUUUAAAUGUGACCAGUGUGAUUAUGCGACAACUACCAAAGGCGCCUACCAACAACAUCUUCUAGUACACAAGAUAACGAAGGACUUUAAAUGUAACCAGUGCGGUUUUGCGACAAAUGUUAAGGGCACGCUUAGACGACAUCUCUCGAUACAUAAAGCGUCCAAAGAUUUCAAAUGUGACCAGUGCGAUUUUGCUACAAAUCACAAAUCGUAUAUAAAACAGCAUCUUGUACUACUACACAACAAUGGUAAGGAUUUUAAAUGUGUUCAAUGCGAUUUUGCAACACAAUAUAAGUCCUCUUUCAAUCGGCAUCUUUUAUUGCACAAGAUCCGCAAGGAAUUUGAAUGUGAUCGGUGUGAUUACGCCACGAGUAUUAAAAGCUCGCUCGAACAGCAUCGACUGACACACAACGCCAAGGAUUUUAAAUGCGGCCAGUGUGAUUUUGCAACAAGUGUCAAGGGUAACCUCAAACGACAUCUCUUAAUUCACACUGCAUCGUCCAUCAAGAACUGAUACACAAAGACCUAGAUGAAUGUGUUUUACUUCCAUUAAAUCCUUGUUGCGUUGCACGGGCACAGAAGGCAAGAGCUGAGAAGAGAAUAUUUUUAUUGAUAACCAAUCUUUCUUUUGAAAUUGACUUGAUUUAACCUCACGUGUUUGAUACCGUUAACCUUUAUUGUUUCAAAUCACUUUCAUUUUUUAUGUAAACGUUUGCUUAAUUUAUGUUUUGAUUACAUGGUCUUGGCCCCAAGUUAAAUUUAUAUGAUCAUUAAUUUAAAUUUGUGGAACUAGCUGCAUUGUUUGCUGUAUGUAUUUUUCCAUGUUGCGUUUAACAAGAUGAUUUAAUUGCAACAAAGAUGAGUCACAUACUUUGCACUUCGCCCUGUUCCGAAAGCGGUGUGGCGUGCUUGUGUCUAAUUCAAAUGCAUAAUUAUUUGUUACAUUACAUAGCUAAUAAAAUUGAGCUCAUUUAUAGAAAUAUUGCCAUUUAAAUGAUUGAAAACACCCAAGAUUCUUUCUAGAUGAGUUCAAUUAUAGUUAUUAAAUAUGAUAGAAAUUUGUUCCAUGCAUCAAUUUUUUAAUAGAACAUCAGUAUUUUUUAUACAAAUCAAAAAAGUGGUACGUUACCUUAAUUAUAGCGUUUCCUAAAAAUGCUCGCUCUACCGCGGCUCAAAACAACCGUAUUUCUAAUUACGUACUCGCAAAUAGCGCACUUCGAACCGACUAGUCCCCCCAUUACUUCAGUAAAAUAUGCAGUAUUUUUCCAAGGUUUACGUACGAUCAGAUUUCUCAUGAUAAAUUUCUGUUAUAAUAAAAAAUUCUAAUUUA